AUGAGCGAAGCGGACAUCGAGCAGAUGAAUGACAUGAGCAAAGGGGGCAUUGGCGUUUCGCGAAUCUACAGUUUUAUGGCGAGCCUAGCCGGCGGGUAUCAUAAUGUCCCGUACACAACAAGGGACAUGCACAAUGUAAAUGCGAAGCAACGAAGGGAGGGUGGCCUAGAUGCAGAAUCGUGCUUAAGGUAUCUCCGAGAGUGCAAGGCAAAAGAUCCAGCACUGUACUACAAAGAAGUUGUUGACGGGGAGGGCGUGUUACAACAUUUGUUUUGGUGUGACGGCACCAGCCAAAUUGAUUACCAGGUAUUUGGAGACGUGGUUGUAUUUGAUGCAACGUACAAGAAAAACAUUUACCUUUCACCUCUUGUAGUAUUCUCCGGUGUGAAUCACCACAACCAAACGGUUGUCUUUGCCGCUGUACUGGUGGCAGACGAGAAAUAA